GUUGAUGAUAUUCGCCAACAAUCUAGGCCGCCUCUUGUACUUUCCAUACAGACUGCUGCAAGUUUACUUAUACGACGAGAACCCCGUUCCUUAUUUGAUGCAGUUGGUGGUCAUGACGAUUUCUUCUCUGGUAAGUAAUUAAUCGACGCACACAUUGUCAAAGGAUAAUCAUUUGGUAAUUGUGAUAUUUUAGGGCAAAAGCGAAUUAAUAAUAACAAUAAUAAUAUUUAUUGUCAACCCAACCCUUUUCCGGGAUAUCAUAAGUGUCGAACCAGGCUUCAUCCAAGUAAAUAAUUGGCGUUUGUUGUUCUCUGUAGAUCCUAAUUUUUUCUAGAUAUUCCAGUCGCCAUUUCCGAAUUCUAAAAGAUAGGUAAGGUAGUUCUGCCGCAUUUAACACCGGUUUUAUCUUUUUCAAGCAUCCUAAUUAAGAUAUCUAAUGUACGCACCAUUUGCUCCUCGUAUAACUGGUAAAUUUUACGCCGUAUUAUAUCUUAUUAUUCACAAUUUUCCAUACAGUUGAUGUUGGAAUUUUCGUCAAUGUGGCCGUUUCUUCUAAAGAUGCGUGCUUGCUGGCACCACGUUCAAUGAGAGCUAAAUAAACCUUGUUUAUAACUUCCCUAGUCUCAAUAGAAUAGUGUUUUCUACAUUUGGGUGGGAGCAUCUACUGAGAUACACUAGACUCGCACAUAUUUUGCAUAAUUUGCACACGAUUCAACACACGCUGUAUUACACACAAAAUAAGAAUGAUUACUAAUAAACUUAAGCUUAGUAGUAUACCAAACCAAAGAAUAUUAGACACAGGUAGGUAUAAAAUUAUUUUCUAUUACCGACCACAAUUUUACCUUAAUUUAAAUUCCGAAACUUUAGGUAAUAAUCUUGUUGCACUGUAUGUUAAUGACCACCGUUGGAUAAUCCCAUUCAAAAGCAAGUGGUCACUUUCUUAUAUUUAUGAACAGACCAUAAUUCCAUAAUUGUGGGGCAGACUGUACAGUUAUUCUCCGAAGAAGCCAACAGUUUUUGUUUUAUUUAUAAACAACCUAUUCAAGAGGAAUAUGGAAGAUUUGUAAAUAGUAUUUCAAUUUUAAUUUAUUAUACAAUUGCAAUUAUAGUUGUAAGUUAACUAGUUAGUAAUUAGGGCAAAUUCUUGAAUAAUAAAUUUUGAAAAAAACAGUCAAGGUGUUACUUAUGUAGUUUAAACUUGCAAAAAAUUAAAACAACUGAACGCCAGACGCUUCUCAAAACAAUCGAGAAUUUUAAUUCGGCCGAGUGUCCAGAAGUUUUCUUUAUCCACAAACCCCGGCCAGUAAAAUUAAAUUUUCUACUCGUCGGUGACGUUAAAAUCACAAAUUCCGGAACAGAAACAAACCGGCUGACCGCACUAUUGUUUAAACUCAGUCAGUUGAUAGUAUACCGUUAUGAAAUCUACAGUCUCAAGUUCGAUUGAACGCCUCGUGCGUUUUUCAAAGUUUUGUUGUCUUCUUCCCCCUUACGAUUUUCGGAAGAAAAGGGUGGUUCACAGUUUCCUGUGCUCCUUGUCCGCCUUGCUUCACGUCGUGUUACCCUCUGGUUCUCUCGUAUUAUUCUUCCGAGCGAUCCUCGCCGCACCAAAAAACAACGUAGAUGACAGAAUAAUAUUCUGGGGUUACAUCGGAACGAAGGUCAUCGCGGUCGUGGCAGUACUGGUGACGGUUAUCCAGACCCGAGCCAACACGCUCUUAUGGGAGGAGUUUCUGGAAGAGACGUCCAACGUUAAAUUGAUGAGUUCCAGUUCGUAUCACAGCCACGUCGAUCGUCAAAACUUGAUUAUGAUUCUACUCGCCGCGUUCCCCGUGAUUUUAUAUUACGUGGUCUUCUGGGGGAGCACCGAUUUUCGAUACGCUCUGAUCGGCUGGUACUGCUUCUACUAUCAGUCGUUGUCGAUCGUGGUGUUGAUAAAUUUUAUCGAAAUCGUGCUGUACAAAUGUCGGGAAAUGAACUACAAGCUGGCGCGAAUCAGACAGCCGAUCCGAUUCAAGGCUUUGACGUCUCAGAAAACUUAUGACAGGCUCAGCGGCACCGUGGGGAAGAUUAAUCGCUUGUUCGGGCCCCACAUCUUGAUGGUGUUCAUCUCCAGCAUGAUUCGUCUUUUGGCGUACCACAACAAACUGGUGGGGGUAGUCGUCAACGAAUGGAACAUCCCUAGGGGGUUGUCGAUGGUGUCUCUAAUCGCGGGUGCUUUGGUGCAACCGCUAGCCGUAUGCUACUACUGCGAUCUGGUUACACGAGAAACGCGAAAAACCAAGCUCAUAUGCUUCAAGCUACAGUUGGAGUCCACUGGGGAUGAGGAAGAACUUCAAUGCCUAAUAAGUCUUUUAAAUAACAACCCGAUUACGUUCUCUGCCAGUGGUUAUUUCGUAAUCGACCGUUCCACGAUGUCUUCUUUACUGACCAUCGUCGGCACCUACUUCGUAGCCAUAUUGCAAAUUAGAAAUGGCCUCUAGGUUAUUGUGUUGAUGUUUGUAUUAUCACUACGUAAAAAUCAUAAUUAAUUGAUUGCACCAAUUUUGAAACUCGCUAAAUACUACUUGGAUCAAAAAACGCUUAGCUGAUCGAUACUAAAAAAAAGAUAAAACAAAAUGAAAAGGCACGAAUAACAAAAAAUGGUAUUGCUGUGCUAGGUGGUUUUUGGUAGUUUAAACGCAUGGUUUAAAAACUCUAUGUUUUAUUUCACUAUAAUCUCCAGUGUUCACAACUUUUUAUUGUAUUGUAUUGAGAAUACUGCAUCUCAUGAGCUUUAAAGUAACUUUAUAGUUGAGGAUGCACUUAUUGCUGUAAUGUUUAUUAUUUCGAAUGUUAGAACAACUGAAGCCUUCUUCAAAAGCAGUUCGGGCUCUUAAUUGACAUUGUGCGAAUCAGAUCAAAAUUGUUAUACUUUUUUUCUGUGCUAUUAGUUUAGUUUCUUUCAAAGAUGAUAAAAAGGCUCCAUUAACUUCAGUCUUAGACAUGUUUCUAAUUCAAUAAAUAGA